AUGGUCACACCGGAGGAGUAUGAGUCGCUGCCCCCUUCAAUCCAAAAGAAGUACUUCUCUUCAGUCGAACGCCUUCGCAUCGCUCAAGAAUCCGCGGUGCAAAAGCGAAAGAAGCAGCUGCCCGAGAAGGAACACCGUCUACCGCCCAAGCCCUCAAUGGAUUCAAUGCGACCAAAGACCGCUCACAGCUUCAAGCCCUCAGCACUUCCUCAUCAGCCACGGAAGUCGUUCGCUCGUCCGGUCCGUACGGAAGCUGACGUGGACGAAGAACAAGCUUUACGUUUUCUGGCACUACCUGACAAGGUCAAGCGUUCGCACUUCACCACAGAGGAGCUGAUACUCCUCACCGAAAGUUCAGAGCGAGCGCUGGGCUCCCCGUCGCUGGCGAACGAUGAUGGCUUCUCCCGUCGCUCUACCUUGGACCGGAACGGAAGCAUCGCAUCCUCGCAUUGCAAGUCAUUUGUAUCCGAGGGAUACAUGGAGGAUAUGGAGAAGGACUGGUUUGAGAUGGAGACGGAGUCGGUCGACAGCUAUGAGCACUCCAACGGAACAACCACCGACUUUGAGAUGCUCAAAAUGUUCGCGAAGAGACGGCAAGGUUCCGUGUGCUCCUCGUACAGUGCACUUCCUCCAAUUCCUGCGAGUAAGGAGUUCGGAUCUUCGCCCGAAUUGCGAAGGAAGUCCUUUUCCCGCAAGCGUGCGAUAUCUCUGGCUCCAAUACCACUUCCACCGCCUACUCUGAUGCCGGCGGUGCCACCGCUACCCUCACCCAACACAAUAAUCAACUUCAGCAAACCGGUCCAAUCCCCAAUCGCUACGCCGACCGAGACUCCUCCGCCAGCAACGAAGUACUACAAAGACUCACAAGCACGACAGAAGCUUCGAGAGUUUUUGGCUUCUCCUGAGAAGUUCGACGAGGCAUUGGAGUUUGGCUUCCCGAGCGAGCGUGGCAUCGACCAGCGUUCCACGUCCGUCGCCUCUGCGCCCGAACCGACUCUCGAGAGCGACGUUGAUAAUCUAUCAAUUACCGACAGUAAAGACGACGAGGAGGAAGCAUCGUCCAGAUCACCCAAAACACCAUCCCUAGUCAACGACGGCUUUCACGCGAACGCGACUCCUCACUCGUCUCUCGAUUCUGGCGUCGCUCUACCUUUCACACCAGGCAAAGCCAGCUUUCGAAGUCUCUCGCCGGAUAUUGCAGGGCGUGAGAUGACACUGCGCAUGACUCUGACCCGCCCGGAUUUGCGUGCACCCGAGCGGGAAUUGUACGCUUUCCAGAGGAAGGAGGUGUCAGGGGUGGAGGUUGCAGACAGUGACCCUUUGGCACUGGCAACACUACCCGUCUGCGACGACCAUACUGGAGCUCACGGCGCUUUUGCCGUGACACGAUCUCACAAAGGAGGAUUCAAGAAGGUGUGGAAGAACCUGCGCGGCCGCUAG